UGAGCGUCCGAUGUUUGACAAAAAUCCUCAAAUCCGAAAAAUCCAACGGCUGUAAUCUCAACAGCAUAAAACUCAAACGCGAAAAAGAAACUUUCACGUUAUCCGUACCGUUUAAAAAAAUCCAAAAGAAUAAAAAACUUCUUUACUCGGUUUCUUAAUCAAAUUUAAAACCUCCGUUAAAUUCAUUCACCACACUCAUUAUUUUCAACAUUUCAAUCUCAUAAGUAAUGCAACAAGUAACCUAUCUUUUUCUCUCUCUUUCUUAUUGUCUUAUGCGUUUUUCCAAAUAACCAACCAAAAACCUUUUUGUUGUUUUUCUCUUCGCCGUAGAAUGUCUUCACCGGGAUUCCCCGGUAGUGGUGGUUCCUCUGAUUUCUACGGCGGAGCUGCUAGUUUUUCUGGUAGAUCUAUCACACUUCCAUCAUCCAACAUGUCCAACAUGAACAACAACAAUAUCAUCAACAAUAACAAUAACAAUUAUCUCUCAAACAUAGCCACCAACACACAUAACCUUCAUCAACCUUUCUACCGAACCCAACAACAACAGCUUCCAUCGAUUUUCAUCGAUCCUUCUUCCCAAAUCCAACAACGUCAAACAUCUUCCCUCAUAGGGAAACGAACCCUUGCUGAAUUUCAAACCCAAAACAUCAACAACAUCAAUAACAUCACCAACAACAACAACCUUAACCUUCACAAUUUCAAUAAUAAUAAUCUGAACCAUAAUCUGAACCACCACCACAACAACAACAACAACAAUACUGUUCUUUCAAACCUUUUACUUCGUUCUGUGAAACCUAGGAAUUUCCAACAUGGUUCUCCUAUGUCUCCUCUUUCUCCAAUUGAUUUCACAAAUUCAUCACCUGAAUUCAUCAACCCUUCUUCUUUUUCUUCACCACGUUUGGGUUUACCGCUUCGCUCAAUAUCAAACCCUAUUGUUCAAAACCCAUUACCCAUGAACAAUUCAAUUCUGCAAAACACCAAUUAUCUUUAUCAAAAUUCUAAUUUUUCGCAGAUUCAGAACAGGGUAAUUCCAACUAGCCAUGACCCACCUAAGAAAAUGAUGGAUCAUCGUUUUCUGGAGUUGGAAAAACAGCUUCUUGAAGACAAUGAUGAAGAAGGAGAACAAGACGCAGUUUCUGGAAUUACAAACAGCGAAUGGUCUGAAACAAUUCAGAAUUUGAUUAGUUUCGAGAAAAACCCGACCCAGAAACCCGAUUCAUACUCACCCACUUCUUCAACAACAUCACUGAACUCAUGUUCUUCAUCUGUUGUUUCUCCUGCUUCUGGUUGUUCAAAGCAAUUGUUGAUGGAAGCUGCAACCGCAAUUUCCGAAGGUAAAAUGGAAUCUGCUUCAGAGAUCCUUAAUCGUAUGGCUCAGAAUCCGAACCCGAUAAUGAAUUCUGAUCGUCGAUUAAUGGAUUGCAUGGUUUCAGCGUUGAAAUCACGCGUGAAUCAUGUUGAAAAUCCACCUCCGGUAGUGGAACUGUUUAGCAAAGAACACGCUGAGUCAACUCAGCUUCUCUUUGAUCAUUCUCUCUGCUUUAAGGUCUCUUUCAUGGCUGCAAACAUCGCAAUCCUCGAAGCAGCAUUCGAAGAAACAACAGAGAAAGAUAACAACAACAACAACAACAACAACAACGUGAUGAAGCUAUGCGUGGUGGAUUUUGAUAUUGGUCAUGGAAAACAAUACAUGGCCCUUCUCAAUGAACUCCACGCGCGUCUCAAUGGUUCACCGGCGACGUUGAAGAUCACGGCGGUGGCGGAGAACGACGAUGAAGAAUGGCUGAAGAUUGUGGGAGAAAAUUUGGGUCGACAAGCGGAGCGUUUAAGAAUUGGGUUUGAAUUAAAAGUGGUAACACAAAAACUUGCUGAGUUAACUCGCGAGUCAUUAGGUUGUGACUCGGAGGAUAUUCUUGCUGUGAAUUUCGCGUUCAAGCUAUUCAGAAUGCCAGACGAAAGUGUGUCAACGGAGAAUCCACGCGACGCGCUUCUUAGGAGCGUGAAAUCACUCGCGCCUCAUGUUGUAAUUGUUUUGGAGCAAGAAAUUAAUACCAAUACGGCACCGUUUGUUGCACGUGUGGCUGAGUCAUGUUCAUAUUACGGCGCGCUGUUUGAUUCACUCGAGUCUACUAUGGGGAAGGAGAACUCGGAGCGAGUCAAGAUUGAGGAAGGACUGAGUCAGAAACUGUGUAACGCGGUUGGUUGUGAAGGAAGAGAUCGCGUGGAGCGUUGUGAAGUGUUUGGGAAGUGGCGUGCACGCAUGAGUAUGGCUGGGUUUAGGUUAAACCCAGUGAGUCAGAAAGUGGCUGAGUCAAUUAAAGAGCGGCUUGCGCCAGGAAGCCGAGUUACUGUUAAUGAAGAAAACGGUGGCGUUUGCUUUGGUUGGAUGGGAAGAACUCUCACCGUUGCAUCUGCUUGGCGUUAAUUUCACUCAGUUUUUUUUAUUUUUUUUUUAUUUUUAUUUUAAAUUUUAUGAAUAUAAAUAAUAUAGUAUCACAUUGUUACUGUAAUAUUUUAAUAUCUUUUAAGUUGUGUUGGAGAUAAUGGAAAGGGAAAAUAGUGUUGGAAAAUUGCAUUGAGCAAAAUUCACCUUCUUGUUGUUCUCUUCAGUUAGUUUCUCACCAAACAAGCUUAAUAAAAAGUGUGUUUGGAUUCCAAGAAAA